GGACCCGCCGCCAUCUCCGGUCUCUUGUCUUCGCCAGGGCCCACCGGAGAGAGCUGACACCCGGGUCCUAUAAUCCUUAUGGGGGAACAACCUUGUACCUCCUGGAGAUCCACGCUCCAGCCUGGAAACACGCGGGAAAUCAAGCUUCCAAAAAAGCGCUGCCUCCUAGCUCCACGUUGGGAUUAUCCAGAAGGAACCCCCAACGGAGGUAGUACCCCUCUCCCUUCCACACCUCCUCCAGCAUCACCGGGCCUGAAGUCGCACCCACCUUCUCCGGAGAAAUAGUACAAUAUACUUCUCUUACCCCAAACCAGUCUUUGAGGGAUUGCAGUAUGACUCCAUUUCCUUGGAGCAUCCAUAAAAUAGUUAUUCAGUGAAGACAAUGAAGAUUAUUGACAACGCUUCCCUGCUUUUCUGAUGUCCUGCUUCAGGAAGUUGUGAUUUUUAAGGUACAUGGGGAGUUUCUUGCCUUUUGGGAAGUCUGAGUUCUUCUGCCACCAUUCAGUAGGUGUUCUGUAGGAGUCAUUCAACAUGUAGAUGUAUUUCUGAUGUAUUUCUGGGGAGAAAGAUGAUCUCCACGUCUUACUCCUCUGCCAUCUUGAAGGUCACAUGGAUAUUUUUUAGCUUAAUAUUUUGUUACUCUUUUCCAAUUAAUUGCACUUAGUACAGACAACAUGGUUUACAUGAUACUGAUUAUUUAGUAUAUGUUGAGAUUUGCUUUAUGUUCUAGAGAACAUGAUGAAUUUAUGUGUUUCAUGUGUGCCUGAAAAUAUUUUGUAUAUUCUAAUUGUUUCAUGUAGCAUUCUAUAAAAGUCCAUUAAACUUGUUAAUUGUAUUGUUUGUCUUCUAUAUUACUAUUAAUUCAUUUUGUUUGCUACAUCUAUCCAUUAUUGAGAGCAAUUAAAAAUCUCCCACUGUAA